AUGGCCAUCCAACCCUACCAGGAAGACAAUGAGGCUUCCUCGGGUCCUCACGACACGGCCCCCGCGAAACGAUUACGCUGGGCUACGCAGAGAGUGACCGGCUCGCAAGGGGGUACAAAACGCCAAUCCAUCCUCAGACGUCUCUCGCAUAAAAAGCGCUCCACCGACGACUCGACUAAGCGAGAGUCAAAUGGGACUGAUCUCGAAUCCGUGCCCGAGGGAUCCGAGGCCUCGGUGGAACAAGCUGGGGCCGGUCGCCGUGUCUUCUUCAACAUGCCACUGCCCGAAGAUGCACGCGACGAGGAAGGCCAUCCUACCACCCAAUUUGUGCGAAACAAGAUCCGCACUGCCAAGUACACACCUAUCAGUUUCAUCCCCAAGAACUUGUGGUUCCAAUUCCACAACAUCGCCAACAUCUACUUCUUGUUCAUCAUUAUCCUCUCGAUUUUCCCCAUCUUCGGCGCCACCAAUCCCGGAUUGAGUGCUGUACCGCUAAUCGUCAUCGUCUUCAUCACAGCAGUCAAGGAUGCAAUCGAAGAUUGGAGACGAACUGUUCUUGACAAUGAGCUCAACAACGCACCUGCCCACCGCCUUGUCGACUGGGAAAACGUCAACACAGCCGAGGACCGAAUCUCGCUGUGGCGAAAGUUCAAGAAAGCAAACACUCGAGCCAUCACAUAUGUAUGGCGCCUCUGGAAGAACCGCAAGGAGCCAAAAGAUGAGAAACGUAACUCCCCGAAAGACAAAGCCUUGGACGAGGGCAGACCUUCUGCAGAUACCCGACGACCAUCCAUGCAUUCUCAGCGCAUGUCUGCGAUGACCAUGGCUACCGAAGAGCCUGGUGCUAUGGAGAUGACUCCGGUACACUCGCCGAUGCCCGCUCCUUCUAUGGAAGGGAGCAAAGAGAUGGAUUUGGGCGAUCACGUCAGCAUAUCCCUCAAAAACGAUGCUCUCAGACCAGGCGACGCGCACCAAGUCGUUGAAGUCGCAAAGGAUCCUACUGACACUAGCGCGCCUAUAUCGAAGCGAUUCUAUGGCAACAUUAUCAACCCCAGCAAACCCACCGGCAAAGCGCGAUUCAAGAAAGAUUGCUGGAAAAACGUCCAGGUUGGAGACUUUGUAAGGCUCUACAACGAAGAGUCCAUCCCCGCAGACAUUGUCGUUCUAUCGACUUCAGAUCCUGACGGUGCUUGUUAUGUGGAAACAAAGAACUUGGAUGGAGAGACCAACCUCAAGGUGCGCCAGGCUCUGCACUGCAGUCAGAAGGUCAAGAGAGCUCGUGACUGUGAACGUGCCGAGUUUACUCUGGAAAGUGAGCCGCCCCAUGCCAACCUUUACUCUUACAGCGGAGCUGUUCGAUGGAAGCAACACGGCAGCAAGAACUCUGAGGUUGAAGCUGCGGAGAUGGCCGAACCAGUCUCUAUUAACAACAUGUUGCUUAGAGGCUGUUCUAUCCGCAACACCGAGUGGGUCUUGGGUAUCGUCGUCUUCACUGGAGAGGAAACCAAGAUCAUGCUCAACUCUGGUAUCACCCCAACGAAACGCGCACAAAUCUCGAAGGACCUGAACUGGAACGUCAUCUACAAUUUCAUCAUCCUGUUCUUCAUGUGUCUCAUUUCCGCUCUUGUCCAAGGUACUACCUGGGGCAAGGGCAAUGAAUCGCUUGAUUUUUUCGAGUUUGGCUCCUACGGUGGCACGCCAGGCCUCAACGGCUUCAUCACAUUCUGGGCUGCCAUUAUUCUCUUCCAAAACUUGGUACCCAUCUCUCUUUAUAUCACUCUGGAGAUUAUCCGCACUGCUCAGGCUUUCUUCAUCUACAGUGACACUUUCAUGUACUACGCGCCUGUCGAUUAUCCCUGCACUCCAAAGUCGUGGAAUAUCUCCGACGAUCUUGGUCAAAUUGAAUACAUCUUCUCUGACAAGACUGGCACGCUCACCCAAAACGUCAUGGAGUUCAAAAAAGUCACAAUCAACGGCGUGCCCUACGGAGAAGCAUACACUGAAGCUCUGGCGGGAAUGCAGAAACGACAAGGAAUCGACACGGACGCCGAAGGAGCUAAAGCCCGUAUACAAAUAGCUCGCGGCAAAGUUAAGAUGCUCGAGGAUCUACGCAAGCUACACGACAACCCCUAUCUUCUGGACGAAAACGUGACCUUUGUGGCGCCUGAUUAUGUUUCCGACUUGACUGGAGCUUCUGGACCUGAACAAAAAGCAGCAAACGAAUAUUUCAUGCUCGUGCUCGCGCUUUGUCAUACAGUAAUUACUGAGCGCACUCCUGGUGAUCCGCCGAAAUUGGAAUUCAAAGCACAAUCCCCUGACGAGGCUGCGCUCGUCGCAACAGCCAGAGAUUGUGGCUUCACCGUCCUGGGUCGUUCAAACGAUGGUAUCAUCGUUAACGUCCUUGGUGACGAGCGUGAGUACACUGUGCUCAAUAUCUUGGAGUUCAACUCAUCCAGAAAACGCAUGAGUGCCAUUGUACGCAUGCCCAAUGGAAAGAUUGUCCUUUUCUGCAAAGGUGCCGAUAGUAUCAUCUACUCUAGACUCAGGAAGGGAGAACAGCAAGAGUUGAGAAAAACAACUGCUGAUCAUCUUGAGAUGUUCGCUCGGGAGGGUCUUCGUACUCUCUGUAUCGCUCAGAGAGAACUCGGGGAAGAAGAGUACCAGACCUGGAACAAACAGCACGAUAUUGCUGCAGCGGCUAUCCAGAACCGUGAAGAGAAGCUCGAAGAGGUUUCAGACGCCAUCGAACGCGACCUUUCGCUUCUGGGAGGAACCGCUAUUGAGGACAGACUCCAGGAUGGUGUACCCGAUGCAAUUCAGCUCCUUGCCCAGGCAGGGAUCAAGCUGUGGGUCCUGACUGGCGACAAGGUCGAAACAGCUAUUAACAUCGGAUUCUCCUGCAAUCUGCUAGGUAAUGAUAUGGACCUGAUUGUCUUGAAUGUUCAAGAUGAAAACCUGGCCAGCGCUGAGGCAGAGCUUGACAAGAAUCUGGCCAUCUUCGGCAAAACUGGAUCUGACGAAGAACUCAAGGCUGCAAAGAAGAACCACGAACCACCAGCACCGACUCACGCCGUAGUCAUCGAUGGAGAGACGCUGAAGCUGAUGCUUGACGACAAGUUGAGGCAGAAGUUUUUGCUCUUGUGCAAGGAGUGCAAGUCGGUUCUUUGUUGUCGUGUCAGUCCCAGUCAGAAAGCUGCCGUUGUUGGCAUGGUUAAGAAUGGGCUCGACGUCAUGACUUUGGCUAUUGGCGAUGGUGCUAACGACGUCGCCAUGAUUCAAAAAGCUCAUGUUGGAGUUGGUAUCGCUGGUGAGGAAGGCAGACAAGCAGUCAUGUCUUCUGAUUACGCGAUUGGUCAAUUCAGAUUCCUCACAAGGUUGGUAUUAGUCCACGGACGUUGGUCGUACCGCAGACUCGCAGAGACCAUCGCAAACUUCUUCUACAAGAACAUCAUCUGGACUUUCGCUCUCUUCUGGUACCAGAUCUUCGCCAACUUCGAUUGUUCAUACAUCUUCGACUACUCGUACAUUCUACUUUACAACCUAGCGUUCACCUCUUUGCCGGUCAUAUUGAUGGGUAUCCUGGAUCAGGAUGUCGAUGAUAAAGUGUCGCUUGCAGUUCCCCAGCUUUACAGGCGUGGUAUCGAGAGAAAGGAAUGGACACAAAUCAAGUUCUGGACAUAUAUGAUUGACGGACUGUACCAGUCACUCGUUUGCUUUUUCCUUCCCUACCUGCUUUUCCGACCAGCAAACUUCAACACAGAGUCAGGUCAGAACGUUAAUGAUUACCAGCGCAUUGGUGUCUACAUUGCGAACUCCAUUGUGGUGGUGGCCAAUGUUUACAUUUUGAUGAACGCCUACCGCUGGGAUUGGUUCUUUACCCUCAUCACGACGAUCUCUAUCCUGCUUAUCUGGACAUGGACCGGCAUCUACUCUUCGUUCACGGUCGGCUUUACUUUCUACAAGGCGGGAGCCGAAGCUUACGGAUCUUUGAGCUUCUGGGCGCUAACGAUGAUGGUCAUCAUCAUUGCUUUGCUUCCUCGCUUCGCCGCAAAGUCCUUCCAGAAGAUCUUCAUGCCUCGUGACAUUGAUGUUAUUCGUGAGCAGGUCAGACAAGGCAAAUUCGACUACCUCAAGAACGUGGAUCCGGAAGGGCCGGACAACGUCUCACCACCACCUCCAGAGAAAGUGUCAGAUUCUACCUCGAGUUCGGAGAUAAGCAAGCCUUCGGGGGCGCAGAGACUUGCUCACAAGUUGUCUCAUAACAGGGUUCCCACCGAAGAUGAACGGCCAAUCUAUCCACCCUCGAUAGCAGCGACAGCAACGACACGCAACGCCAGAUCGCACAAUGGCAGUGAUGGUACCGAUUAUACUGGACAUCGAUCUUCGACAGAGCGGACAUUCCCUGCGUUUGGGCAGGUGACGUCUCGCCCGUCUGAGGACUUUGGGCACAGCCCGAUAGAUUUCUCUCGACCUCCGAUCAUUGCUGGUGGAUUCGAGUCACCUGCACCACGACCAAGUUACGAUCGACCAAGACCUUCGUUCGACCGGUUGAGGGCUAGCAUGGACUUUGAAAGAACCCGUCCGUCCUUUGAAAGCUCGCGAGACUUCACCAGUGCAGCAUAUUUGUCGCGGGUGGAAAGUAGUCAUACACCUGCUGGUACACCUGCCGCGGAGCGGAAAGACAUUGGUUAUGCCAUGUAA